AGAGGGCACAAUCAAUUUGAUAGAGUGGAAGAAAAGCAAGAAUUCACUUCAGGGAGGAGGAAAAAAAGCAAAACACGAGAGGAGAAAGAGAAAAACCUGAGAGUAAUCCAAACGUGAAGCGGGAAAAGGACGACAGGGGGGGCUCAGACCUGAGACAGAGGCAAAGAAGAAUCCGAGACAGAGGGAGAGAGGGGCUGAGAGAACAAAUAAAAGCAAACAGACCAUACAAACAGAAGAAGAGGAAGAUAGAGGAGACUUGCUCGUUGCUGAGUGAGUGACUGUGAGGUUGUGUAAGGUGUGUGCUCAAGGCCUGGGGCAGGUGUGACUUUGAUGGGACGCUGAGCAAUGCCUACUACAUCACGACAGCAGGUGGGCGGCAGGGGGUGGCACACACCUCUCCUGCUCCCUCUUCUUUCUCUUCUCUCAUCCCUUGCUCCUAGACCCGGGCAAGCUGCUAUCCACAUUCCCGCCAAAUACCAAACACAUGACUUGAAGACACCGCCGGUGAUCACUGCCCAGCCACAGUCCAUCACUGCCUUUUCUGUCGACGACAUCUCGCUCACCUGUGAAGCAUCUGGAAAUCCCCCUCCUAUAUUUCGAUGGGUAAAAGAUGGGGAACUGUUUGAGCCUGCCGAUUAUCCUGAUCUGUCAGUGACUCCAGGUUCAGGGACCUUUACGGUUAGGGGUGAUGAUGGUCUUAUCAACCAGUAUGAGGGAAAAUACAGCUGCUACGCCUCUAAUGAGCUGGGAACUGCCAUCUCUAACGAGGUUAUAAUUAUCACAGAGAACACCCCAACCCUUCAGAAGGAGAAGAAGGUGAAGCUGAAGGUGGAGGAAGGAGAAAGUGUCAUUUUGCCGUGUAACCCUCCUGAAAGUACAGUAGCCCCGGUCAUUCACUGGAUGGACCAGAGGCUCCGUCACAUCGAGCUGAGCGAACGUGUGACGCAGGGCCGCGAUGGCAACCUCUACUUCUCUCAUGUGAUGGUGGUGGACAGUCGCAGCGACUACACCUGCAACGCGCAGUAUCUGAAUGCCCGCACCAUCCUCUCCAAAGAACCCAUCACACUCACUGUGCCCCCCUCUAACUCAGUGGUGCGGAACAGAAGGCCUCGUAUGAUGAGACCGUCGAAUGACCAGUCGUCCUAUCUGGUACUCAGAGGCCAGAACCUGGAGCUGGAAUGUAUAGCCUCAGGCCUUCCCACUCCUUCUAUCCAGUGGGUGAGGAAAGAUGGAGAGAUGCCAGGAUCUCGCACCACCACAGAAAACCACGGCCGACUGCUCCGCUUCAGCAGAAUCUCUGAGAGUGAUGGCGGAGAGUACCAGUGCACCGCCACCAACACGCAGGGCACGACUACACACACUUACACCGUCACUGUGGAAGCUGCUCCAUUCUGGAUCAAAGAGCCUGAGAGCCAGCUGUAUGCCCCCGGAGAGACUGUCACACUGCAGUGCCAGGCAGACGGUACACCCAAGCCCCAGGUCACAUGGAGCAUCAACGGCAUCCCGAUAGCAGACAUUGACCCAGACUCCAGACGCACAGUCCAGGAAGGCACAAUCAUUUUGAAGAACGUCAGCUUCACCGACACAGCUGUUUACCAGUGCAAGGCCGCCAACAAACACGGAACCAUCCUGGUCAACACAUAUGUCUAUGUCAUUGAAUUGCCUCCCCAGAUCCUGACUCCGGAUGGACAGACUUACACGGCGAUAGAGGGACAGAAGGCGGUUCUGGAGUGCCAGACCUUUGGCUCGCCUCGUCCUACGAUCACGUGGGAAAGAAAGGAAUUAGCCCAUCUGAUGUCCAACCCCAGUAUGAAACAGAUUGGAGGUUCCCUUGAGAUUACCAAUGUGUCCCACAGUGAUGGGGGCUGGUACACCUGCUCCAUCAAAAACACCAAUAUUUCCACCAGAGCCGAGCUGGAAGUGCUCAACAGGACCGUUAUAGUGUCUCCACCCCAGCACCUGCGUGUCCAGGAGGGGACAUCAGCAACCUUCAUCUGUAAAGCUGAGGUGGAUCCCAAGCUGGCCCCCCCUCAAAUUCAGUGGAGAUGGAAUGGCCAGAAGCUUUUCGAGGCCCCCGACGGAGACAAGUACAUGUUUGAGGGUUCGACUCUCAUAGUGGCUGAUGUUCAGGAGAGGGAUGAAGGGAUUUAUACCUGUCAAGUCAUUACCAGCCUGGAUGCCACAGAAGCUAGCGGCUCCAUCACCAUAGUAGAUCGUCCAGACAGCCCGUCAAAGCUCCAGGUGACUGAUCCUAGAGAGCGUGCUGUGACUCUUCUCUGGACACCUGGAGAUGACCACAACAGCCCUGUGCUUGAAUACGUGGUGGAGGCUGAGGAGACAGGAGCGGAGACGAGGGGAUGGGUGGAGCUCCAGCGCGUCCCAGGUGUGCUGCAGCGUGCCGAUAUCUCCCUGAGGCCGUUCAUGGCCUACCGCUUUCGAGUCAUCGCCGUCAACGACGUCGGGAACAGCGAUCCCAGCGAGCCAACGGAACGUCUCUCCACGCCAGCCGCCUCUCCAGACGCUAACCCUGAAGGAGUGAGGAGUGAGUCAGUUGACCCAGACAGCCUAGUUAUCAUGUGGGAGGAGAUGGACAGGCUGAGUUUUAAUGGCCCAGAUUUCAGGUAUAAGGUCAUGUGGAGGAAGGUCGUUGGAAGUGGGCCAUCGUGGAACGUCAACUUCACCACCUCACCACCAUUUGUCGUCACGGAUGUGGGAAACUUCACGGCCUUUGACAUCAAAGUGCAGGCUGUCAACCAGAUAGGGGAAGGCCCAGAACCCAAAUUAAUCAUUGGGUACUCUGGAGAAGACUAUCCCCUGGAGUCUCCCAUGAAUGUGGGCGUGUCUUUUCUCAACAGCACUGCCAUCAGGGUAACAUGGACUCCAAUAGACAGGGACACAGUGAGGGGACAGUUGUUGGGUUACAAGAUCCAUUUGAAAAAUUAUGGUCCAAAAGGAAGACACCAAAGACAGGAGCGUGUAAGAAGAGGAAGACAGCUAGUGAAUGAAGUUGUUGUGGAGACAGGUGCGAAUGAGGAGCAGAAGGUCUUGAGAGGUCUACAGCCAUACUCUCACUACAGCCUGAGUGUCAGUGUCUUCAACAGCAAAGGAGAAGGACCAAGGUCUGAACCUCUGACCUUCGAGACACCUGAGGGAGCUCCAGGUCCACCAGCGUCGCUGCAUUUGGAUAGCCCCUCAGAAAAAGAGAUGACCCUGCGCUGGACACCCCCAGUCUAUCCCAAUGGACGCCUGACUGGAUAUCUACUACAGUACCAGAAAAUUGACAAGGAGGGCAGCCUGCUGCAAGUGCACAAUAUCGACAACCACACGGCUGAUUCCCACACCCUGAAGGACCUUGACUCCAGUAGCCGCUACCGCUUCAUGCUGAUGGGCCGAACUUCAGCCGGCUUGGGCACGCCUAUCAUUAAAGAAGGAGCAACCACACUGGAUGGAGCUCCACCAUCCAACAUCAGCGUGUCAGCUGGAGAGACCUUGGUCAACUUAACCUGGGCAUCAAGAGAGAGACACAGAAGCAUUAGCUUUCACAUUCAUUACCUCAGGAAGAAUGGCCAAGGAAACUGGAGGCAGUCAGAGAAGGUAAACUCUUCUCAGUUGUUCUAUCAGCUCCAGGGUUUGCAGCCAGGCACCCAGUAUCAUCUUCGCCUCGUUUACAACAACACCACUUUUUGGGAUACAGAGAUCCAGACCAACGGAGCAGUUAUGGCGGCUCGGACGGGAUUUGCUACUGAAGGCUGGUUCAUUGGUCUCAUCAGCGCCAUUGUGUUGUUGCUGCUGGUAUUACUCAUUCUUUGCUUCAUCAAACGAAGCAAGGGAGGGAAGUAUUCGGUGAAAGAUAAGGAGGAGUGUCAAGUGGACUCUGAGGCACGACCAAUGAAGGACGAGACAUUUGGAGAGUACAGAUCUUUAGACAGUGACAUUGAGGAGAAGAGGACUGCUAGUCAGCCGUCUCUGUGUGAGGACAGUAAACUGUGUAGUGAUGGAGGCUUAGACGAUUAUGGCAACAGUAACAGUGUGCAGACCGAGGUGAUCAUGGAUGAGUCCUUGGCCAGUCAGUAUAGCAGCACCAGGGAUGCCUCAGGGACGGAGGCCCAGGACAGCUACCCCCUCAACCCCACCACCAUCGCCCCCAUCAAUCACGGCCUGCCAAACUCUGCUGCCAUCCUAGAUUAGGAGGGGAGGGAGGGAGACAGGGUAGGGCAUCAGACCAAACACGAAAUCACACACGUGCCCACUGAAUUCCUAUACAAGUGACUGACCUAACAAUCAAGGCACGCACACACACACACACACACACACACAGACACACUCAGACACCAUGUAUUCAUUACAUAACUCAUAAAAUUUGAUGCCAAGUAAUGAUACAAGACACACCUGGACCGCCGACUACAAAACAUUACCUGACCACUUAAGACAAAGGCAUACAGUCACAGUGAAAGGAACCGACCAGACGUUAACCACAUGCAUAAGUGUAGAUGCCGUAUCGCCCAGUG